AUGACUUCGCCAAAAAUUCAAAAGGAUAUUGUGAAUGCUUGUGCACAAGAGACCGUGAAAGCUAUAAUUGAUGACCUAAAUGGAGAAUAUUUUGGGAUAUUAGUUGAUAAGUCCAAGGAUAUUUCACACCAUGAGCAAAUGUCCCUUACUUUGCGGUAUGUUGACAAAAAAGGCCAAGUGAACGAGCCAUUUAUUGGUCUUGUUUGUGUUAGUGAUACAUCUGCAAAGUCAUUGAAAGAAGCAGUACUUUCUUUGCUAAUGAAACACUCAUUAAGUCCAUCCAAAAUAUGUGGACAAGGAUAUGAUGGGGCUAGUAAUAUGCAGGGAAAGAUGAAUGGUUUUAAAGCUUUAAUUUUGCAAGUAACUCCAUCGGCAUAUUCCGUUCAUUGUUUUGCUCAUCAAUUACAGCUGACGCUUGUAGCUAUUGCUAAAAAACACAAAGCGGUGGAGACUUUCUUUGCUAUUAUUACUAACGUAUUGAAUGUGAUUGGAGUUUAUUUUAAAUGUAGAGAUCAACUUCGGAAACAUCAAGCAGAAUUGUUGGAGCAAUUGCUAGAUAGUGGUGAAGUUCAAAGUGGAAAAGGAUUAAAUCAAGAGCGAGGGCUUCAAAGGCCAGGUGAUGUUAAUGAUAGGUUGCAAGCAGAAGCUUUUUCGAGUAAAAUUAAAGCAUUUAAUUUUGUUUUCUUGCUUUACUUAUUGUUGAAAGUGUUGAUAAUGUCAAAUGAGUUGAGCAAAGCAUUACAGAAGAAAGAGCAAGAUAUUGUCAAUGCCACGGUAUUUCUUGAUAUCACAAAGGAAAGGUUGCAGGAAAUGAGAGAUGAAGGAUGGGAACCAUUGAUGGAUGAAGUAUCUUCAUUUUGUGCGAAACAUGAUAUUUUGGUGCCCAAGAUGGAAGAAUUCUAUAUUCCUGGAAAGUCGAAGCGUAAGCCUUUUAGUGUUACUUAUUCACAUCACUUACGUGUUGAGCUUUUUUAUGCAGUGAUUGAUUUGCAACUUCUGGAGCUAAAUAGUCAUUUUGAUAUUGUGAGUAGUAACUUGCUUCUUGGUAUGUCUAGUUUGAAUCCGGCUAACUCAUUUGCUAAUUUUGAUAAGAAAAGAAUAAUGACAUUGGCCAAGCAUUAUCCCGAUGAGUUUGGUGAAUUAAAGCUUCGAGAUCUUAGUCGCCAACUUGACACUUUCAUAUGGCACAUGCAACAUGGUGACCCUAGGUUCUCUGAUUUGAAAGGAAUUGGUGAUUUGGCAAAAGCAUUGGUUGAGGCAAAUCUUGUGGAGAUUUAUUCACUUCUUUAUUUGCUUGUGAAGUUGAAUUUAAUUUUACAUGUCACAACUGUAACGGUAGAAAGAGCAUUCUCAUCCAUGAAGUACAUCAAAGAUGAAUUGCGUAGUAUUAUUAGUGAUGCAUUUUUAAAUGAUUGUUUAGUUUGUUACUUUGAGAAGGAAGUAUUUAUAAAUAUAAGCAAUGAUGCUAUUAUUGACCGUUUUCAAAAUAUGAAAGCGCGCCAAGUUCAACUAUGA